ACCGCUGGCUGCUUAGCAAAUCAAAUCUAUCCACCUAUGACCGCACAACCCUUACAAUCCACCUAAAAUUACCCAAAUACCAUGGAUUCGAGGGACGGAUUCAGAUCGAGAAAAACAUCGCUCAACCGGCUCUUAACCACGGAAAGCCUAAUCAAAGAAGGAAAAGGGAUGGCUAACGGCAAGUUAACGGAGGAGGAUGAGCAGCCGUUAAGUCCUGCCGCCCGUUUGUUCCACCAGCCUCACUUCAACUGCCACAUCAUCGCGAUAAUAGGAUGCGGGAAGCGAUUCGACGUCGACGUCGUUAAAGCGGGGUUGGAAGCUACUCUUCUCAGACAUCCUCGCUUCUCGAGCAUACACGUGAUUGACGAGAAGAAAGGCGAGCAGAAAUGGGUACGGACGGAGGUGGUAUUGGAAAACCACCUUGUGAUGCCGGAUCUGGAUCCGCACAUGGAAUCGCCGGACCAGUUCGUGGAAGACUACGUGUCAGAUCUGACGAGAACUACCCUGGAGACGACGAAACCGCUCUGGGAGAUCCACCUCCUCAACGUCAAAACCGCUGAAGCGGAUUCGACAGCGGUAUUGCGGAUCCACCACUCGCUCGGCGACGGCGCUUCGCUCAUGUCGCUGGUUCUGGCCUGCACCCGGAAAACCGCCGAUCCCGCUGCGCCCCCAACGAUACCGGAUAAGAGAGUGGCGGGCUGGAAAAGAAGCCGUUCUCUGCCGGUUUUGGCAAUGUUAUGGGCGGUUUUCCGGAUGGUCUGGCAUACGAUCGUCGAUGUUCUGCUUUUUCUGGCAACAGCAGCUUGCUUGACGGAUACGCGGACGCCGCUGAAAGGCACCAAGGGGGUGGAGCAUCAACCCAAGCGGGUCGUACAUCGGAACCUUAGCCUCGAUGACAUGAAGGCGGUCAAAAAUGCCACGAAAUCGACCAUAAAUGACGUCUUAUUGGGAGUUACGGCAGCCGGUCUCUCUCGCUACCUCUGCAGGCUAUCCGGUAAGGACAAGGCCACCGAAGAUGGAAAACAUAAUCUUCCCGCGAAUGCUCGUCUCAGAGCUGCCGUUCUCGUUAACAUCAGACCAGCGCCCCGGAUACAGGCCUUGUCGGAAAUGAUGGAGACGGAUGGACCUGCUGUGGAGUGGGGCAAUCGGCUGGGCUACGUUCUCAUCCCGUUCUCUGUUCAAGUGCCAGAGGAUCCUCUAGAUUACAUUCGCAGAGCAAAAGCAACUGCAGAUAGGAAGAAGCUCUCGUUCGAGUCGAUAUUCACAUACUGGAGCGGUUUCCUACUCGUAAAACUCUUUGGAAUUAAGGCUGCGGCUGCUCUGUGUUAUAGAAUGCUAUCAAACACAACAUUGUCCUUCUCGAACAUUAUGGGGCCCGGGGAAGAGAUCAGCUUCUACGGUCACCCGAUAGCUUACAUUGCUCCUACGGUUUAUGGUCACCCACAUGCUUUAACCAUUCAUUUCCAGAGUUAUAUGAACAAGGUGAAGAUGGUCAUUGCUGUCGAUGAAAAUGCGAUUCCGGAUCCUCACCAGCUCUGCGAUGAUCUAACCGAUUCUCUCAUUCUCAUUAAGAAUGCUGUCGAAACAAGACAGUGAGAUGGCAUGCCCACACAAACACACUCAAAUGGACACCAGGAAUAAGAAGGCCAGAUAACACGUGCGCAAACAUACACACUACAGAGAAGAGGAUCGGACAUUCUCUCUGUCAUUCAUUAAAAUCGUGAAUUCUAUUGUAUUGUUAUAAUCCAUGCUGCUGUUGUUGUAUUACACUUAACAUUGCGCACAUGAGAAAGUUAAUCGUUGUAAUGUUUUAUUAUA